AUGUCGGACAAGGAUAAGAUGGCCAAGUACCGGACGGAGAUCCAACAGAUGAUGUUCGUGUCUGGCGAGACAGGCGAACCAUCUCCAGAGACAACGACUCUGAUAGAAUCCAUCGUCCAAGACCAAGUCCAGCACAUGCUGCGUGAAUGCACAGCCCUUGCCACGCGCCGCGGAUCAAAAUCAAUCUCCACAGACGACCUCUUCAUGCUAAUCCGACACGACCGAGCAAAAAUCUCUCGACUCCGACACUUCCUCCAGUGGAAAGACGUGCGGCGCUCCGUCAAAGACUCCGACGACAAAGGCGGCGAUGCUGGUGCCGAUGUAGGAGCCGGCGACGCAGACAUAGCAGCCGGCGUAGUAGGCGCAGGCGGCCCUGGCGCGGCCCCCGUCGACGCCUCCAAGAAAGCGAAGCGAGCAAAAGUCGACCUAGUCUGGGACGUGCAAUCCUUCUUUACCGAGUUUCCGCCCCAAAAAGACGAUGUCGAAGACGAAGAAGAGGAAGAGAUGAACUACGCCACCCUCCAACGCCUGAAGAAUGCAGACGAACGCACAAAAAACAUGACGCGCGAGGAAUAUGUCCACUGGUCCGACUGCCGCCAAGCUUCCUUCACCUACCGCAAAGGCAAGCGCUUUAAGGAAUGGGCGGGCUUCGGCCUCAUCACAGAUUCCAAACCUUCCGACGAUAUAAUUGAUAUCCUGGGUUUCCUCACUUUUGAAAUCGUUCAGACGCUCACUGAGGAGGCGCUCAAGGUCAAGGAUGCUGAGGACUUGUACAAGAAGAAUCAUGGCGGCGAGCAGAACCGGCUCAAGCGCAAGAGGGAGAGGGGACCCUUUGAUGCACCCGAGGAGGCGAGGGAACCUGUUCAGCCUAGUCACGUGCAGGAGGGGUAUAGGAGGCUGCAGAGGGGGAAUAACAAGGCCAAGGCUAUGCUCAACUUUACUCGUAAUGUGCAUAGGGCGGCACUCAAGUUGAUUUAGACAAGCAGUGAACCAGACAUUAACCCAAGCCGGAAACUUGGUUAUGUGAUAUUUAGGCUCGGUGUUCAGGAUAAUUCUUCGAUACCCUGUGCAGGCAAUGAGCGUCUAGCGUAAUUUUUUGUGAAACAAUUUGGUAAUUGAAUUUAAAUUUGAUCUUUCGAA